UUCCAUCCAAGCUUUUGCUUUCAAUCCUUUAUCCAUUGAUCCAUUCCACACUCUCUCAUAGAAAAAAUUUCCAAUGAACUUUCAGAUACUCUACUCGCUUAUCAUCUUUUGUCUUGCUUUUGUGACAAGUACUUACGCAGCAAUAUCUCCAGAGAUUUAUUGGAAAGUAAAAUUGCCCAACACUCAAAUCCCCAAAGUCAUCAAACAUUUCCUUCCCCAAUCAGAGGAUGACAUACGUGAGCUAAAACAAGAUAAGACGAAUACAAAGGAAAAAGUAUACUACGGUUUACACCAGCAUGGAAUCUUGGUUUAUCAUGUUGCUACCGAGGAUGAGUUACGUGAUAUAAAGAAGGAAAUCCCUAGCAAAAAUGAAUUCCAACAAGUAACUGAAAUAAGCCGUGCAAGGAGUGAUCUUCAAGAUGAUUUCCUUUACAAACCUUACUUCUUAGAAAAGGAAUUGGCGAAGGGAAAAGUCAUUAACCUUCCCUCUUUCAAAAACAAAAACGAUGCACCCUUUUUGAGUCGCCAAUUUGUGGAAUCGAUUCCCUUCUCUUUGAAAAAAAUUCUAGAAAUUCUAAACCAUUUCUCAAUUGAUAGUAGCUCAAAGGAUGCUCAAACUAUUGAGGAAACAAUCAAAUUUUGUGAAGAGAUAGAGGUGAAACAUAAAGAGAAGAAAAGUUGUGCAACUUCUUUGGAAUCUAUGGUAGAUUUCAGCUUAUCCAUGCUAGGAAGUAAUAAUAUUGUGGCAAUUACAACAGAGGUACAAGGGGAAACUCCAAUGUUGCAAAAAUACACCAUUCAAGAAGUUCAACAAAUAGGUGAUGGGGAUAACAUGGUAUGCCACAAACUUAAUUACGCAUAUGCAGUGCAUUUUUGCCAUGUUGGUGGACGUACCAUGACAUUUGCGGUAUCUAUGAUUGGUGCUGAUGGAACAAAGGUUAAAGCAAUAUCUGUAUGCCACAAAGAUACAUCUCUUUGGAACCCAAGGGGAUUGCCUUUUGUAGUGCUUAAACUUAAGCCUGGAACUACUCCUAUUUGUCAUUUCCUUCAAGAUGAUCAAAUUGUCUUUAUCCCUUCCAAAGAGACCACUAAUUAUGCUAUCUGAUCACAAUUAAACUUAACCCUAAGAGUUUGGUAAUUAUGCAGUGGUGGCUACAAAAUCAUGGUACUUGUUUAUUAUGUGUGAUAUAUCUUUAUAAUAAUGAAAAUGAUUCUGGCUUUAUGGUA